CUUCUCGGCUGGCUCAUUUCGAAUGGUCUUCUUGACGCUGUCGUGUCCCUACGCUCGCCCCACCUUGAGGCCUACUUGCGUUCUAGGCUUUCUCAGACCCCGGAUGAUGUGUCACUUCGAUGUCUGCUCUGGAGGCACCUUGAACGUCGAGGUGCUCAUGCUGAGGCUGCUAGAGUCCUCGAGCAUCUGGCCACGACACCCUGCCCUCAUAUCGACAUAAAUGACAGGAUAGAGUACCUUUCACGAGCCUUGGUUAUCGUAAAAGCCCUGACAGGCUCUAGAUAA